UUGUAGUUUUUGAGUAUUUAAAUUUAAAUGUUUUUAACGUGUGCAGUUACCCAUAACUGUCAUAUUAUCAUUACAUGGUUAUGUAGAUGCAGGAAGUUUUAUCUGGUAAAAAAUAUGUUAUUGCGUACCACAUAUAUCAAUUAAAGUAACUAAGGAGAAUAAACCGAAAUAAAAUAAUGGCGGCAAAACGAUCAAGUAGUAUCGACAGUGGUCUGUUGUCCUCCGAAGUCCAAGCCAAUAAAGAGGAAACACUGCUGAAACCAGUUUUCUCAACUCCAGGUCGUAAAACAGACAAAUCUAAACGUGAUGAACAACCUUUAUCUUAUUCUAAACCAAUGACACCAAAAGAACGCACUAAGAAUGCUGAAUAUUAUACCAACAGAAGAAGUUUCCAUGCAGUACCUGAAACAACACCCCCGUCUUCAAAAGCAGACUCUGAUUCAGAUCUUGGUAUCGUACCUGAUGUUACUAGGCUACUUUUAGGCAAUAGACAGCGUAGAUCUAAUAGACAUCAAACAUCGCCAACAUAUUCAAUACACAUUAACACAUUGUAUGUGUAUCAGAAACCAACAUUGCCGGUCGAGAAUCCACUGUAUGGUCAAGUUCCCGUUGGGAAACGCGAUGACGAACCUCCUGCACCUUGUGUGAAACCAGCUGGAUACCAGUAUGUAUGGCCUACCACAAAUACAGAAGACGAAAAACAACCAGAACAGCACCAUGACAGUUUUAGCUAUGACAACUCAAAACCUUCUUCACAUCAUUCAGGUUCGACAUUUGCAGAACAGAAAACUAAUUACAGUGGACAUGACAAACUGGCUGAACCAUACUUACAGUUUGGGCUUCCAAGUUCUGUGCUUUCACAGGGAGAUGAAAUGGAGAUAUUAAUUAAAGGAAAACAAGGAAAUUCUCGUCGAUACAAGCUACAGCCAAUAUCGGAACACACAAACAAUAAAGAUGCGUUUGUCAUGAACACAUCUGAAGAUGACAAAGUAAUUAUUGAAGGUUUUACAAUUGAUGAUCCUGAUGAAGCAUUUUCGGAAACAAGGAGUAGACAAUCCUCUUCUGCAUCACUUUUCAGUAGUAGUAACGACGCGUCUAGUACUGCCAUAGACACAACAGUCGAUGAUUGUAGAGUCACUGUCAAUACAUUUCAAUCAAGGGAUGAGGAAAGCGAAGUACCAUUUCCAAAACAACACAUCAGUAUGUCAGCAAGAGAUAUUUCUUCAUCAGCAGCUACACCAACCAAUCAUAGAUAUUCGGCUGAAUCGAAUCCUAAUAUUGUGCAGAAUGAAUUCAGUCAAGCGUACUCGAUGAAUGACCCAACUUACAACGAUUUUGACACAUUUAAGAAAUCGAAUCCAUACAAGACGGCAAACAAAAUACCAGGUAGUUUUUCACAAUCUGUACCGAAUAUUGCAAUAGCUUCAAGAAUAGACACUUGUUACGAAUGCCGAAAUCAAAAACGUGGUGGCAUAUUUUCUUCCAAAAAGAAAGUAUCACGGUCAUGCACACUAGACGGUUUCUUUUAUAUCACAGAUGGGAAUGAAGUGUCUUUAAUGAAAGAAGUUCUCGAUCAGAAUGGAAAGUUGGGAAACUGGUUUAUCACUCCUACCGUUAACCAGCCAGGAUAUGAAAAUUGUUUAUAUUUAAAAACUAAGCGAGAAGUAACAAGUUUCCCAAUCGCAAUCAACAAAAAGAAGAAGAUGUUCUUAGAUUUUAACCUAAAGAAGAGUUUUCCAUGUUUGUGCCAGUUAGUGGAGUUUUACAAAUCAACACAUUUACCAUCAGUUAAUAUCAAUCUUGGACAACCACUUCCAAGUAAUGCUUUCCCGGAUAUGAACUUUGGAGCUGAUAGCAGUGGAAUUUUACUACAACAAUAUCAUGGAGUGAAAUUAUAAUUAUUGCUUCCUAGUAGGCAGCAACUAGAUCAAUGAUCUACAGCAAAUAUCUCCAGAUGACCAAAUGAACACAAAGACAUGAUCAGUAUACAGAUACUGAACAAAUGUUGCUACACAAUGAUUAACAAUGAAAAGUGAAGUCAUUUAUCCUCAUAUCUCGCUUAUAAUCAUCAGUUUUUAGUUUUAACUUUCUCAGCGAAAGUCGUUCUUCAAAGCAGAUAUGAUUAUAUCUGUGCAAAAAUUUAGAGCAAAUACAAAGGGCAAAAAAACCCGCAUGUUAUUGAAAAAGAAACAAUGCAUCAGCCAUAAGAAAAUUUCAAAAAACUCAAAAUUGACAAACACAAACCUCAUAUAAAAUGUGCUCUUAAAAUUAAGUCAGGUUUGAUUGUGACCUGUUAACAAAUGUAUGAUAGUCGACUUCGUUGUUGUCAUAAUCGCAGCAGAGAGGAUAGGAUUGUGAACGUGACAAAUGUGACAUAUUCGUUGUAAUCACUGACAGAUACUUUACAAGAGUCAUCCAAAUUAUAAUUGCGCCUGUAAAUUAAUGCAGCUGUAUCUUGACGAUGUUUAACAAAUUUCAAUAAUAGAUUAAGAAGACAAAUCAAGACAAAAAAAAACCCAAAAAAAACCGGAGGGAACCACAUGAACUUCAAAAGUACCGACAUUGGUUGCGUUGACAUUGAAAACACGUAUUGCUAUGCAAACAUGACCCGUCUUGCAAGAAUACACUCAACAUAACACAAUAGAAAAUAGGACACACUCGGACCAUUAUAGAUUAUGGGCAACUAUUACGGAAUCUAAAUAUCUCAGACUGCAAAAAUAUAUUGAUAGUGAGUUGAGACACAGCCAUAUAGAGUGGGUCAAUCAAUUUGUAAUGGUGACCGUAAAUAAAGAAAAUAGAAGUACAUCGAUAUCCAAAAGUCAUAAUUCGAUUUACUAUUAACUGACCUUAAUCUGGGUCACAAACGUAAACUGAGAGAAACACAUCAAUAAGAGGAAUAAAACGGAACAACAGAAACACUGAACUGUAACAAACACAGAUGCCAACUUUUAUAGAAACGGACUAUUUGAUAACAACUGCCAUAUUCAAAACUUGGUAGUUUUAUUGGCCAGACAAACCUCCCGCUUAUAUCACAAUGUUAAAGUAU